AUGAGCAACCAGUACCAAUUUGGCUUUUACGAAAACGCCAUGAAAGGUCAACUCAGGGAUUACGAAACGCAUUCAGACAUUUCUUGCAAAAUCGGAUAUAGCGACUCCGAAUCGGAAGGAGUGGCAUCCAUUAAGGAUGUACCAUAUUAUGCAUAUAACCAUAAUUUGAACAAUUCUAAAAAUGAGAAAUUAGAAAAACCCCUAUGGAAAAGUAUCUAUGACAUUGAAGAGACAACCAAAAAUUCGUUUUCCGAUUACGAGUACAAAAAGAAUGAAAACAGUGAUAGUGAAGUGGAGUCCCCAAGGUUUGGAAACACGUCGGCGGAGGAUGAAGAGGAUGAGGAGGAUCAGGAAGAUGACCGAAUUGGCAAAAUCGGCGAAGCGACUCUGAUGAGAAAAGCCAACCAAAUGGACGACGCCGAAGAAGACGAGUGGGGAAAGGGGCAAACAAAGGCGGCCAAUCAUCCUCAAAAUUUAUACCCACUCAUGAAACGAGAUGGUCAAAUAAGAGAAGUUCCUUUCAGGAAACCAUUCGGGAACUUUUUCAAUGAAGGUACACACAUUGCUAACCAUCUCAGUUAUAACUUCAGAAAAGAAUUUGAAAAUAAUAUGUACAGCAAUUUGAGCGCCUUUAAAAGUGCCCAGAAUAAGAUUUCUGUCGACCAUGGUGAUGAUGCCUCCAGGCAUUUCCUCAAGCCCAAGACGUUUAAGGACAGCAAUGGAUUGUUUUAUGACUUCGGUGAGGAGAAGCUGGACAUUGGGUUUUUGAUAAAGGAGCAUGAGAAGCUAAUAAAGGGGCGGGGAUCGGCCAAGGGGGCGAAUUCGGCGAAUGCCAAACGUGCUCGCAACGCGGCCAAGACGGUAACUGCGGGGGAAAGGCCAAAUGACUAUCCCACCCCAGGACAGUCCCUCCACAAUCCCGAUGCCGCCAAACAGAAGAGCAAACAAAAUGUCACCAAAUUGAAAAAAAAACACACACACCAGUAUGCUGUAAACAGUGCCGAUAAAAACUCCUCAUUAUCGUCCGGGAACAGCACGUCAGAUACGUACGAACAAGAUUUUGUAGGCAAAAGGAAUGUCCACUUUAAGAGCGACGAAAUGGGCAAAGAGGAUGAUGCACAGUGGCGAAGCCCUGCGGGGGAAGAAGAGGACGCGGAGGAGGAGGAAGAAGAAGAAUCGGAAGAAGUGCAAAACACGGACGAGGUGGAUAACGAAAUGGACCAGGUGGAUAACGAAAUGGACCAGGCGAGCGACGAAAAGGAAGAGGUGAGUGACGAUAUGGACAACGGCACGGACUAUGGCACGGACGACAACACGCAUGAUAACCUGGCGAACCAAGUUCACACCGCCGAUCCUCCAACAUGGAAACAAAAAAGAGAACAUGCUAAUGCGAGAGGGGAAAAGAACACCUGGAAGAAGCUUACUGAUGAAGGAAACGACCCACAAGAGAAGAAAACGGGGUCUACGCCGAAACGAAGCGGCGAUAUGGACCACGACAUAAGCGGCGCAGAAAGAAAGACGAAACCGUUGAAGGGGGGAGCAGACGAAGAUCGCCUGAAUGAGCACAUUGCGAAACAAAUGAACUUUGAGUGGUGGAAGGUUAACGAAAAAAUGAGCAGUCCAAACGACAUAGCAAAGUCACAAGAGGGAAGUGAGAAUAGGGGAAGGAUAUUAAAUCGUUAUGAAAUACCAAAGGAUAUCUCCUACUAUGUGGAAAUAUAUCAAAAGAGAAAGGAAGGAAAUAAUGCAGAUCUUAGAGAUGAGUCCAAGAAUCAGCGCCAAGAGGGGAUGGAAGAAUCAACUGAGGAGGCCUCUAUCGAUGGGAAGACUAGCACUAGUGGUCACAUCAGUAAAGAGGACUUCAAAGUAGAGGAGAUGCACCAUAAGAACAUCGAGAAGGUUAGUAGUUCCUCAUUUUUAAGUGAACAAAUGGGGCGAGUGCACAAUGCAGGAGAUUCAGAUGAAACGGGGGAACCAACCGGAGAGGUGCCACAAAAUGGAGACGUCUUCACCCAAGGGAGCUCUUCGGUCUAUCCCCCGAGUGAUGGUAUCAAAACAGUCAUGCAUAAUGGCCAAAUGGAAGCAGGUGUAUUUGAAAUUUUUAAUCAAAAAAAGGACCCCUACUGUAAUCAAAGUAGCACAAAAGGGAAUGAUGUACCUACAGGUGUUGGCAUUGCAGGGAGGGGUUCACCAUGUGAAUAUUUUUUUUAUGACAAGACGGAAGAAAGAAACCUUUUGCACACAUCACCAGAGGACAGUUUGGACAAGAAGAACUACUCAGUGGAUGGGACCUCUCCCCCGAUGGACGAAAUAUAUGAUAAAAUAAACGCCCACUUUGGCAGAAGUACGAACAGCAAGAAUUACAUGCAGAUUAUGGCAGAGGACAUUCAAAGUGGAAAUAAAAAUAUUCGUACAAAUCUGGAAGAAUCGAAAGGAUCACAGAAUGGACCAUUUUUGGAACUAGAGAGAAAAGAAAAAAUCGAUAUCUUUUUAAACUACUUAAAAUGCAUUGAUGGGCAUUCAUUAAAUAAGGCCUUCCAAUACUUCGUCGAGAAAGAGAAUGACGACAGUGUGAGGAAGCAACUGGAGAUGUGCUUAAUGGGGAAGGAAAGGGAGGGGACGGCGAAUAAAGGAACAGUGAGUGAGGCGCAAGGAAGCACCCUCCUGGUGACCAAUCAAAACACGCAAACGGUUAGGGCCAGUUUAAAAAAUGAACAAGUGCAGACGAACAGUAAGGGAGGAAACAUGGAGGACAAUUUUAUGCAAACCGAUAUAAAGGACGUUAACACCAAAUUGUAUGUUAAAAAUGAGAUGAUAAACAAAAAGACAAGUGUGGAUUCGAUUUUUUUUAGAAGCUUAAGCAGGGAUGGCAAAAGUACCCCCAAGAGUGGGGCCUAUAAUGGUGAAGAAGUUGCACAAUUCGAAGGAAAACAAGCCAAAUGGGAGAAGAAGGACCCUCCUCAUGAUGCACACAAUCUUGUGGAUGAUAAUAUAAAUCGGGACGAAUACAACGAUCUGAAAAAAAUCAAUGAAUUGAAGGAGAAAAUUUUAGAAAAAAUUAAAACCUGCUAUGAUAACAUGAGUGAAAAUAAUGACGAGGCGGCGGCCAUCCUGAUGCUGCAGGAUAGGAAGGAACACAACCCUCUGGGGAGCUCCAAGGGGAUGAAUAAAAGCAGCAAUGGUUAUACUGAGCGAGGGAACAAUAGCAGUGCUAAGGGGAAGAAAAAAAAAAGAAGCAAAGGCAUCCUCACGAUGGAAACAUUCGAAUCGAUGAAGUCUUUCGAGAAAGAAAUGAAUUUGUUAAAAUCACACAACGAAAGGUUAAGAAGGAGAAUUGAAAAACUGUAUGCAGAAAAGGAAAGGCUAAAAAGCGAUUACCUUAAGAUGGAAAAAAUUAAGGAAAGCCAAGAUAGCCUUUUCCUGGCCACAGAAAAACACAUAGAGAAGUUACACGACCAGUUGGAUGACCUGUCCAGACGGAACCAAAACAUGAAGGGAGAUUUGAAGAAGAAAAGUAUUCAGAUUAUUGCCCUCGAGUCACAAAUAGAUUUAGAUGAUGCACCUGGGAAGAACAAUAGAGGGGAUAACCCUAUCGAAGAAUUCGAACAGCAAACAGUGUGUACAACAAGGGGAGAUAUGACGAAGAAUAAGGAGCACUUCCUCGAUCUGAACAGACAGUUAGAAAAUUCCAAGGGACAAAUAAAAGAUAAAAAAAUAAUAAAGGAACAAAUAAACCAACUGCAAGACCAACUACACACUUUAAAAGAUGAUAUUAAAAUGAUUGAAUCUCUAAAAAUGGAAAAUGAGAAGCUGAAGAAAUUGUUAAGUAGGAAAAAUUCCAACCUGAACGAGUAUGAAAAGAACAUAAAUAAGCUAGAAAAAAAUAUCGGAAUGUUGAACGAUCGGAAUUUUGACUUGCGCAGGGAAAACACCAAUUUGUGUGCAGAUGUGAUGGCCCUAUCACGUUGCGAUGAGGCGACAAUAGAUCCUCUCGACGCGGCGCAAAAGGGAACUCGCUCAGGUGGCGAGGAAGCACAAAAUGGACAAGCAAUAACAGAUAGAGAAAACAAAAUAAAGGAUUUAGAAGCACAUGUUGAUACGUUGAAGCAGCAGAUUUUUGACCUAAAGGAAGAGAUCUUCGACUUGAAGGAAAAGAACGUCCAGCUGAAGAAAUCGGCCAUGGUGCGCAGCAGUGGAGACAUCCGAACAGUACAAACGGAGGCGGAGAAAAUAUAUGUCGACAAAAUUAACCUGCUAAAAGGGAAGCUAGAAGAAAGUAAAACCAAAAUUAACAUGCUUAAUGGAUUGCUCAAAACGUCCAACAGUCAAACUACUCAAUUGAAUAAGAAGGUCAGGACGAUACUGAGAGAAAAUAAGGCCUGGCAGAAAAAAUAUGAAAAAUGUCUCACCUAUUUGGAGAGCCUUAAGGUGAAAUACGAUGAGGAGGUUUUAAAAAUCCAGCGACGGAAGUCCCCAUUGGUUUUGGGUGCACUCAAGGAGGCAAGCAAGUCACCUCUACGUAGUGGGGAAAGCUGGCUCAAAGGAGCAAGCGGACAGGAUGCUCUUAAUGCAGAUGGAUCAAUACAACAAAAUGGUCUAAAGUCACUCGAAGGGGAAAUUUACCCAACUGAGGUAGCACCGCGGGAAGAGGAAAAAAAGGGAGAAAUCCAACUUGUUAACAGCGCAGACACGAACGGUUCUUCCCCAGGACGGAUGGACAGCCACAUCAGAGUAAGCUUGUCUAACAAAUAUGAAGAGAAAGAAGACGAAAAUGAGGGUAAGUUCUACAAAAUUUCCAAACUUAACGGUGCAGAAUCCUAUAGGAAGAUUUUCUUCCCCUUUGGUGAACAAUCAAAUGCCAGCUUCAAUUUGGUUCACAACGAAAACAAGGACGUCAGAAUAAAUGACAUCUUCGAAAUUGAUAACAUUACAAGAGAUAUCCAUCGUAUGUUCUCCGAUAAUGAGGAGAGUAUGAAUGGGAAGGGGGGAAAUAGGUUCUACUCCACGGAAAGUGGGAGACAGCAUUACGCUGAAAAGGUAAAGAAGGCCGAGGACAACGGCCCAACGGAGGGAGCCUUAAAAAGUAUAGAAAAAAUGUACGUAGCAAAUAGGAUAAAGCAAAUGAACGAAGAUAUUCAUAAAUAUAUAGUUCAAAGGAAAGAAAAAGUGGACUACCUCCACGAUGGAAAUUUAGUGCAUCAGGAAAAUGCUCAGAACAAGGGAAACACCCAAGGGGAUCGUUUAGAAGGUCACACUAAAUUGGCCCUCAAAGGAAAGGACGACUUCAAUGACGUCACACAGGUGGAUUACUCCACAACGGACCAGAUGUACUAUCCGUAUGGAAUGCCACAGUUGGCUCAAAAGAACGUGCGGGAUGAUACAAUCAGUUUCAGCGAUACACAUGUAGUGAGCAGCACGGAGGAGUCCUAUGCUCUGAAUAACCAUUUAAGAUCCGGAAACGAAAAGAACAUCUGCCAGCGCGGGGGCUUCACAGAAGCCUCAGACCACUUGGUGCUGAAGAACGAAAAAAAUUUGAGAAGCGUCUUCAGGUACAAAAUAAACGGUGAGGAGGAAGAUGUUCAGAUAGGGAACUCCAUUGGGCGCGAUCACCCACAAAGUCAGCAUGGCACAGCAAGCAGGAUCUCCACAACGCAGCAAAGCGGCAUAAAGGAAUUGAGCCAUUCCAAAUGUGGUAGACAGCUCGUGGAUGACAUUUACACUAAGGCAGAUGAGAAUAAGUUGCUCACCCUAGGUAGAGAUAACACGUUACUAUAUGAGAAUGAAUCGACGAACAACCAUUUGAAUGCUUUGAGGUAUAACCCGUAUGAACAUAAAAACGUGUCAGGUGGCACCACCUCGGAUGGAAGCAGGUGGGAUAUUCCAAGAGAAGACAGAAUGAAUGACCCCAAUGGGAACGAUGUGCCAACAUCCGAACCAAACGGAAAGGAUGCAAAUGCUAAAAAGAAAAAGUCAGAGGCAUGGAUAAUCGACCUUAAAAAUAAUGAAGUGUUUCCGUAUAGGAAGUUGGAGAAUACGCUCCUAACGGAUGAGGAGACAGACGUAAAUUCAGAAGGGGGCCCCAAAAGUGGUCAAAAUAAGGCCCCAAGAAAUGGCCCUGCUGGUCCCAAAGGCGCGAAGAAGAAGGAAAAGGCAGCAAAGCACACUCAACGGGAAGAAAAGAAGUAUGGUGGAAAUAACCGCAUGAGGAAAAACACAAAUGUUAGGACAUUCCCCCCCGAUGAGAAAUGCACAAAGGGACAGUUCGCCAAAAAGGCGAAGAGUAAAGAAAAGCUACACCUGCUCGUUAAUAACAUCUCUAAGCUAGUCAAGAACAAAAUAAAGGAGGAACUAAAAAACAACAAUAUUUCCAAGGACAUACUAAACUUUGAGAUUACAAAAAUAAAAAAAAAAGCAAAUGGGUCAAAGGACAGCUUGAAUAAUAAACGGCAGGACACCACCAUCAUUUUGAGCAGCGAUUCCAUGUCCUUAUCUUCCGAAACGUUGAAUGGCACCUUCGAGACGGAAGACGGUUGUCAGAAGAGUGGAAAAUGGCAGAAUGGGAAUGCGGCUUCUUCUACGAGUGGACAGGGCACACACAUGCACGCAAGCACCAAUUCCGCAGGAAGCUCCAUGGAUAUCAAUUUGGGAAGAGUUGACAUGAAAAGCACCAGAGAAAUGUGUGAAGCGCGUCGUACAAAUGCUCCAGAUAGCACAAAUGCCUCGAGACAGACAAACCAUAAGCAGAGCGCGAGUGAGCUGUUUGCCCAUGAAAAAAACUCCCCCCUGGUAGGCAAAGAAGCCUACCUAUAUGACGAUGUACUCUCCACCAAUUUCAUGUUAAAUGACAUCAGCCUUAACAAUGCCACGUGCUUCGAUCCAAACUUCAUUGGCAUCGAACAAACACUUCCAUCCGAGUUAGCCCUUGCCAACAUGGAAGGGGAAGCACUCCACUUGAAUAAGCUCCCCAGCAGCUAUUUGGACAAUAUGAAUUUAUAUCACCACGCAGAUAGAAAUAAAACUUUCCACUUGGGUCAUAAUAGCUAUAUGGAGGUGAAGCAGUCGAUCAGUGGGAACCAUGGAGCUUUCGCCUGCAAACCGCUGGACUGCAACCAUGCCAAUGCGGAGAAAAAGAUCAACAUGAAUCACGUCCCAAUUAAUGGAGAUUUAAACAUGAGGAUGGGGAUGAUUCCUAACGGGCUAGAAAGUCAGAUAGCUGCACAUGCACAAUAUGGAGUCAAUAACAGGGUCGAAAAUGUGAACACACGGUGGGAUGUAAAUACGAUAAGUGGUGAUUAUCAAGGAAUGGAAAGUGCCCUGGUAGGCAGCAUGUAUUCCCCCGCCCACAACUACACGAACGGAGACAACACCAUGUUCCAAGUUGAGAAGCUAAACAGCUCCUACUUGUUUGACAUUAACUCCCUGAGGCCAGAAGCGAACCCCCCAUUUUACGAUCACGCCUUUUUAAAUUACAACCAGCUUGAUAGAAGCGGUGUGACGGCGGGAAACCACGAAUGCACGUUAGACAGCAAUGUAGGCAUCCCUAACUUUUGUAAUGAGGGAAAGAGUACAGUUGGUGCAAACCCCAAUGGCUUACAGGAUGGAGACCCUAAUAGCAAGCAUCUGCCCCCCAACAACUGCAACAAAGCCGUGUCGAAUAGUCAGGCGCAAAGAGGUGAUGAACCCUGCGAAGGGAAUGACACGAAUGACACUAAGGAUAGGAAUGAAGCGAACGACACUAAGAAUACGAAUGAGAGCGGAAAGAUAAAAGAACACUUGCCAGAAAACCAAAAGGGGGGCCUCAAAAAUGCUAGGAGGUCCAAAUCGGUGGACGUUAAGAAGGUAGGAGUGAGAAACAGAUUAACUAAUGACACCCUUUCAGAGAAGCCGAAAAUGAAGACACAGAUAUUGAACUACUCUGGAAAUAAAAAAAACGGACUAAGAGAUAUGUCAACAUAUGCUGAUAAAGUUCUUGAAGACAUGAAGUCGCUCAUCCCGUCCAACGUUAGCAGCAUAGUUGAGAAAUCGCCCAAGGGAGGCAAGGGCAGUGGUAGUGUGAACGAACUUGUUGCUACGAAGUGCAAAUCUAAUGGGGAGACGAACCAGAGGAAGAAUCUCAACAUGGGCGAUGAAUAUAAGGUCGGCAUAUUGGGCAAAGAAAAUGAUAAACUGAAGUGCCACCCAGGAGGGGGAAUUAUUAAGGGCAGUUCUGCAAAUACCAAUUUGGGCGGUACCACCAGGACGUCUGAUUUGAGCUAUACAUCGCAGGACACGCUUCCAUCAUUUCGCACCAAGGAACGAGAAAGGGAAAACUCUCUUGGGAAAUAUAACAUGGAAGACAACGGGCAUAUGAGAGGCAUAAACAAAUCGAAUGAUGCGCAAAGGAAUGACUAUUUUUUAGAGGGGGUAAAUAAUGAGGACGUACUGCUAGGAAAGCAUUACUCUCGUGAUACAGCGAAAAAGAAGAACAUCAUUUCGUUGGAAGAAAAGAAUAGUGAUGAACAUGCAAAAUUAAAUGCCCAUUUAGGUAGUAACAUGGGUGAUAUAACCUUCGCCGACAUUGGAGACGUUCCGCUUAACGCAUUUGGGCUGGAUAAUAUGCUAAAAGGAAUGCACUUAAAUAAUUACCCAAAUAAGGGAAGCAAUGUGUUAGGUAAUGCCUUAAUUCCCAGUGCUAGUUUUGCAGAAAACGGCUUAAUGUACAAGAACGGUAGGGAAGAGACUCAUCAAUUUCAGUCCGAAACUCGCAAGAGCUUAAGUAGCUUCCGAGAAGCUUUAAAAAAACAAGGCAUUUUGGGUUAG